CAAGAUUAUUUAUCAGUUGCUAUACGUUAUUGUACAAAAUGGCAGGACAACAUUAUUUGAGUGAUACAAAGAAUCCAUUUUUUGAGUUAGAAGAUGAUGUAGACGACGAAACAUUUUUAAAAAGUGCACCAAGGGCAUCUGGUUCAUCGUAUAAUUAUGCUAAUAAUUUUGACAAUGAACUUGAAGUUAAACGUCAACAGUUAAUGCAACGUAGAAGAGAAAUAGAAGAGCGUACUAUUCAUUCAUCAGAGCGAUCUAUUUCUCUUUUAAGAGACUCUGAACAGAUUGGUGCAGCUACAGCAGAGGAAUUAAUUAGACAAAGAGAGCAAUUAGAAAGGACAGAAAAGAGGUUGGAUGAUAUUAACAGUACAUUGAGAUUUAGUCAAAAACACAUUCAAGGUAUAAAGAGUGUUUUUGGUAGUUUAAAAAAUUACCUCAGUGGAAAAUCGCUUGAUACACCUGUACCAUCUACUAAACUACCAGAAUCUACAAGUUUUGGAUCUACAUCAUCGCCAACUUUAUCUAAUUCCUUAGAUCAAGUGCAAACUAAUAUGGUUAAUAAUCAUCCAUCGUUUAAACUUCAAGGUCUUGUAGAUGACGAUGAAGAUCGAAAAACAAAUUCAUCUACAAAUAAUAUAACAAAAGUUUUAGAAAAAAAUUUAGAUGAAAUGAGUGGAUCUUUAGCACGAUUAAAAGGUUUAGCAAUCGGACUUUCAGAAGAGAUUGAGUCACAAAAUGAUUUAAUUGACAAUGUAAGAGAUAAGGUGGAAAUAACAGAUAUUACAUUACAAAAACAGAAUAAAGAUCUUACAUAUUUACUAAAAAAGUAAAUGUUAACAAAGAAUAUUUAUUAACUCCUCUAGGAGUAUACAUAUACAUACAGAUAUGGAACAUGAUUCAAUAUAUUUGUUCUUGAUAUGUGCAUAUAUACAGAAAUUUAAACAUGAAAAGUGUAGUAGAUUUAGUGUUUAUAAUAUAAAUUUGCUUUUUAAGAUUUAUGAAACAAUUGAACUAUGUAAAAAUAAUGUGUAAGAGAAUCGUGUAAUGUUUUUUUACAAUACUACAUAAAAGUAAAUUAUGAAAUAAGGUUUCUACAAUGUUUAAUUUUUCUCAAGUGUUCUUCAAAUAAUCGAAUUUUGAAAUACUCAGAAUAUUUCUAAAUUAU